CGCCGGAAGUGACGACACUCCUGGCGCGCGCCGGGCGCUGUUUCUUCCUCAGGCUCCGGGACAGGCGGCGGCGCAGGGUGUUUUAACUCAAAUGGGUGAUGAAAAGGACUCUUGGAAAGUGAAAACUUUAGAUGAAAUUCUUCAAGAAAAGAAAAGACGGAAGGAACAAGAGGAGAAAGCAGAGAUAAAACGCUUAAAAAAUUCUGAUGACCGGGAUUCCAAGCGGGAUUCCCUUGAGGAAGGGGAGCUGAGGGACCAUCGCAUGGAGAUAACAAUAAGGAACUCACCGUACCGAAGAGAGGACUCCAUGGAAGACAGGGGUGAGGAAGAUGAUUCUUUGGCUAUCAAACCACCCCAGCAAAUGUCUCGGAAAGAAAAAGCCCAUCACAGGAAAGACGAAAAGAGAAAAGAGAAACGUAGGCAUCGCAGCCACUCAGCAGAAGGGGGUAAGCACGCUAGAGUGAAAGAAAAAGAAAGAGAGCAUGAACGUCGGAAACGACAUCGAGAGGAGCAGGAUAAAGCUCGUCGAGAAUGGGAAAGACAAAAGAGGAGGGAAAUGGCAAGAGAACAUUCCCGGAGAGAAAGAGACCGUCUGGAGCAGCUGGAGAGGAAGCGGGAGCGGGAACGCAAGAUGCGGGAGCAGCAGAAGGAGCAGCGGGAGCAGAAGGAGCGGGAGCGGCGAGCGGAGGAGCGGCGCAAGGGGCGCGAGGCCCGGCGCGGAGGUGCGGGCGGGUGGCCUGGCACCCCCGGGCUGCCUGUGCCAGGAGCCGCCGGGAGUUCCCUUCCUGCUGUGCCCAAGGGCCGCACUGACCACCGGGGCCUCGUCCCUGAGCGCCACGUUGUUGACCGUUCGUGCCCACGGGGUGGCACUCCCUACGGGACAGUGCUGACCAAGGACCAUCCUUGGAGGAAGGGCAACGGCAGCUGCGUGGCCUCCCGGGGCAGCGAGGCCGAUGGCCGGGUGCGACCCCUGGCCGGCAGCGUCCCUUCAGGGAGGCUCGGGCGCACAGCGGCCCCAAGACUUCAGUGCCCCCUGCCCGGGGCACAGCCCACGCAUGACACCUGGGCAGCUGCCUCGCCCACCCAGUGUGCCCCUCGGAGCGGUUUGCCCUUCCAAGUUCCAGAGUCACGAUUCGACCGAGACUCCGGAGAAAGCGAAGAAGGAGAGGAGGAAGCGGGCGAGGGCACCCCGCAGAGCAGUGCCCUGACCGAGGGUGACUGUGUGCCCGACUCCCCGGCCUUGUCGCCUAUCGAGCUCAAACAGGAGCUGCCCAAGUACCUGCCCGCCCUGCAGGGAUGCCGGAGCGUGGAGGAGUUCCAGUGCCUCAACAGGAUUGAGGAAGGCACCUACGGGGUGGUGUACAGAGCGAAGGACAAGAAGACAGACGAGAUUGUGGCUCUGAAGCGGCUGAAAAUGGAGAAGGAGAAGGAGGGCUUCCCAAUUACGUCGCUAAGGGAGAUCAACACCAUCCUGAAGGCCCAGCACCCCAACAUAGUCACCGUCAGAGAAAUAGUUGUGGGCAGCAACAUGGACAAGAUCUACAUUGUGAUGAACUAUGUGGAGCACGACCUCAAGAGCCUGAUGGAGACCAUGAAGCAGCCUUUCCUGCCAGGGGAGGUGAAGACGCUGAUGGUCCAGCUGCUGCGUGGCGUGAAGCACCUGCACGACAACUGGAUCCUGCACCGUGACCUCAAGACAUCCAACCUGCUGCUGAGCCAUGCUGGCAUCCUCAAGGUGGGGGACUUUGGGCUGGCACGGGAGUACGGGUCCCCCUUGAAGGCCUACACCCCAGUGGUCGUGACCCUGUGGUACCGUGCCCCCGAGCUGCUGCUGGGCGCCAAGGAGUACUCCACGGCCGUGGACAUGUGGUCAGUGGGCUGCAUUUUUGGGGAGCUGUUGACUCAGAAGCCACUGUUUCCUGGGAAGUCGGAAAUCGAUCAGAUCAACAAAGUAUUUAAGGACCUGGGGACCCCCAGUGAGAAAAUCUGGCCUGGCUACAAUGACCUGCCUGCAGUCAAGAAGAUGACUUUCACGGAAUACCCCUAUAACAACCUCCGCAAGCGCUUUGGGGCCCUGCUCUCGGACCAGGGCUUUGAUCUCAUGAACAAGUUCCUAACCUACUUCCCUGGGCGGAGGGUCAGCGCAGAGGACGGCCUCAAGCACGAAUAUUUCCGCGAGACCCCCCUCCCGAUCGACCCCUCCAUGUUCCCCACGUGGCCCGCCAAGAGCGAGCAGCAAAGGGUGAAGCGCGGCACCAGCCCUCGGCCCCCUGAGGGAGGCCUGGGCUACAGCCAGCUGGGUGACGAUGACUUGAAGGACACAGGCUUCCACCUCACCACCACAAACCAGGGGGCCUCAGCUGCAGGCCCUGGCUUCAGCCUCAAAUUCUGAGGUUCAGGGUGGACCCCAGCCCGACCCUUGGGAGCUCCGACAGACAAGGCUUAGCCGGGACCGGGGGCAGUUACUGGAAGAGGUGUCUCGGUCCAGACCCAGGACUCCCUGACGGGAUGCAGCCACUGUGGGUCAUGACCUCAAGUCUCGGACUGUUGAUUUUUCCACAUUUCGUUUUUAUUUUUAAUUGUAAAUUUGUAGAAUUAAAUCACAUUUUCCUUGUGGAA